ACGACCCGCUCGACCAGUUGUGCCGCUGCGCUGCUCUGCUCUCUCUCCCUCCCAACUCCCUAGCUCCACCGGCGCGCGCGGCGAGGAAGGAGAUAAACACGGCGCCGCCGCGCAUGCAGGAGCAGCAGCUUGAGCCUGGCCGCCGGCCGGCGCAGCAGUUCGCCACCGUCGACCUUCGCCGCCCCAAGGGGUACGCCGCACCCGCGCCGCCACAGGCUUCUGCGGCUGCCCCUGCCGCUACGGCGGCGACACCGGCUGCGACGGCGGCGGCGGGGGAGGGUGACCCUUGCCCGCGGUGCGAGUCGCGGGAGACCAAGUUCUGCUACUACAACAACUACAACACCUCCCAGCCGCGGCACUUCUGCAAGUGCUGCCGUCGCUACUGGACCAAGGGCGGAACGCUCCGGAACGUCCCCGUCGGCGGCGGCACGCGCAAGAAGCCCUCCACCUCGUCGCCGUCCUCUUCCUCGUCAUCCGCUGCCUCCGCCGCCAAGCGACAGAAGCCUUCCAAGAAGCGCCGCGUCACGCCCACCGAGCCCACAGAGACCUCUGUCCUCACGCCGACGGCUGCUGACUCCACCAAGACCGAGACGACCGAAGCAACGACAGAGAAGACGACUUCAACGACGACGACGACGAAGACAACUACACCGCCGGUGGCCGACACCGCCAGCGAGAUCACCACGGAGCUCGUGGUCCCAGCUGUAGAGGAGGACUCCUUCACGGACCUCCUGCAGCCGGACUCCGCCGCCGUCACCCUCGGGCUGGACUUCGCCGACUACCCAUCCUUAACCAAGGGUCUCGCCGACCCGGACCUGCACUUCGAGUGGCCACCGGCGGCGUUUGACGUGGCCUCCUACUGGCCGGCCAGCACCUGGUUCACCGACCCGGACCCGACCGCCGUCUUCCUCGACCUUCCAUGAGCUCGCUCACUCGCGGCGCAGGCUCCGGCGCGCCGCCCGCGCAGGUGCAUGUGGGUCUCCGCUACACCCGAUGAUGAUACAUCGAUUCCGAUUAAUUAGUAAAUUGCGCGUGGGGUAUAUGGUGAAAAUGAUGACCUUAAUCUUAGUUUUUUGAGAUUAGUGGCCGUGUUUUACUCUGAGAUGGCUAACUCAACCAAGUUUGGGUUGUUUUCAUGUGUAUAACUUAUCAAGGCUUGGGCUUUUUCUUACA